GAUAAACCAAAAUUCUAAAGUACUCUCUCUCUCUCUCUCUCUCUCUCUCUCUCUCUCUCUCUCUCUCUCUCAGGUUCCGUUGCAAAGAGUGAGGAAUCCGCGUGUGUUGAGAGAAGUGGUGAGUUGGUCUUGAGGUGACGGGCAGCACGAGAAGCGGCAGGCGAGGCAGGCGAGGCAAGCUUGCGGUGACAGACAGGAGCUGUUCCUGAAUGGUUACGGCACGCACAGCAAGGAGUCUGUUUAGUGUGUGUGUUGCUUCGAGGCCCUGGAGUGUCUGGACGUCUGUGUGUGUAGGAGCGAGGUGGUGGGAGGCGAGAGGUCGGCAGCUGUACGGUGCAGGAGCAGUCUGGGAUAGCAGGAAGCAGGCUAGUGCAGGCUGGGGCAGCAGGCAUCAGUCAACAAGUGCAGGUUGGGGCAGCAAGAAACACGCCGCCAAACGGAAGAUACAGUUGCAGACUGCUGAGCUGAUGAUGGACGCGGAGAUGGAGCAGCAGCUGGCGCCGCUGAGGGCCAGCUGCAAGGAACAGGGUGACCUUGUCCGCAAACUGAAGGCCGAGGGAGCACCAGAAGUGGAUAUUAAGAAGGAGGUUCAGGAGCUAAAGGCCCGCAAAAAGGAACUGGAAGACAUGAUCCUGAAACUGAGUCCUGCCGAUACCUUUGACCGUGCCAAGAUGAACGACCUGAUCAAGCGGCGCUUCUUUUAUGACAACUCUUUUGCCAUAUAUGGAGGCAUUACAGGUCAGUAUGACUAUGGUCCAAUGGGAUGUGACUUGGUGGACAACCUCCUAGCUGAGUGGCACAAACAUUUUGUAAUCCAGGAACGCAUGCUGAAGGUUAACUGCUCCAUCCUGACGCCUGAGCCGGUCUUGAAGGCCUCUGGUCACGUAGACAAGUUUGCAGACUAUAUGGUUAAAGAUGUCAAAACUGGGGAGUGUUUCCGGCUUGACCACCUUAUAAAGCAACACUUUGAGAAGGUGAUGGCAGACAAGAAGACAUCCGCCGAAGAGAAGGAGGCAUUGUCCCUCACGGUGGCUCGCCUUGAUGGGAUGACCAUGGAGGAGAUGAAUGACUUGAUGAGGAAGCAUGACAUGAAGUCUCCACUGACAGGCAACAAUCUCACUGACGCUACAGAGUUCAACCUCAUGUUCCCCAUCUCCAUUGGUCCCUCAGGUAAUUUAAAGGGUUUCCUGAGACCUGAGACUGCCCAAGGCAUCUUUGUCAAUUUCAAGAGGCUGCUAGAGUACAACCAAGGCAAGCUGCCCUUUGCCUGUGCCCAGGUGGGCAAUGCUUACCGCAAUGAAAUCUCGCCACGCUCUGGGCUGCUGAGGGUGCGGGAGUUCACCAUGGCUGAAAUUGAGCACUUCUGUGAUCCCGAUGACAAGAACCAUCCAAAGUUUGCCCAGGUGGCAGACACAGAAAUGGUACUGUACUCAGGUUGUGCCCAGAUGGAUGGAGAGUCAGCCAAACGAAUGACCAUUGGGGAAGCUGUACAUGGGUCUGGGUUGAGCUCCUUGGGGCUACUCUCCACCCCAGCAGAGGUUGGUGCCCUGGAUCGCUACCUGAAGGAGCGGAGCUACAUCCUGGAGCACAGCCCCUCCCAGGCAGACUUGGUGGUCUGGGAAGCCCUGAGGCAGCCCCCUCCCUCAGACUUGUUCCAUGCUUCACGCUGGUACCGACACUUGUCCAGCUUUAGUGAGAGAGAAAGGCUGAGUCUCCCUGGGGAAAAGCUGAUGCUGGAGGAGCUGACAGGCGGGAGACAAAAGGGCAUGGUGGCCAAUGAGACUCUUGGGUAUUACAUGGCACGCAUCCAGCAGUACCUCCUCAGGAUUGGCAUUAACCCCAAGAAGUUGAGAUUCCGCCAGCACCUGAGUAAUGAGAUGGCCCAUUAUGCCUGUGAUUGCUGGGAUGCUGAGUGUCUCACCUCUUAUGGCUGGAUAGAGUGUGUAGGCUGUGCUGAUCGCAGUGCUUAUGAUCUCCAGCAGCACACCAAGGGCUCAGGUGUCCGAAUGUGUGUGGAGAGGCCUCUGAAGGAAGCAGUGAUGGUAGACAGCCUGGCAGCACAACCAGACAAGGGGAUCAUUGGCAAGACCUUCAAAAAGGAUGCCAAGGCUGUACAGGAGGCCUUAACUGCCCUCACCAUAGAGCAGGCUGAACAGAUGGACAAGGCUCUCACAGAACAAGGGGAAUACGAGCUGAGUGGUUUCAAAAUGACACGAGCAAUGGUGCCAAGCUUCAAGAGAGAGCAGAAGAAAGUUUUUGUGGAGGAAAUUGUCCCAAGUGUGAUUGAGCCGUCCUUUGGUGUCGGUCGAGUGUUCUACUCCCUACUGGAACAUUCCUUCAGAGUGCGUGAAGAUGACGAUAAGCGCACUUUCUUCUCCCUUGCAACUGUUGUAGCGCCCAUCAAGGUGUCCGUUUUGCCGCUGUCUAACAAGCAGGAGUUUGUGCCAUUCACCACACAGCUGGCUGAUGCAUUGACGGAUCUGAACCUAUCUGUGAAAAUUGACGACUCUACUGGAUCCAUUGGCCGGCGGUACGCUCGAACAGACGAAAUUGGUAUACCCUUAGGUAUCACAGUGGACUUUGAUACUGUGAACAAGGUGCCACACACUGUCACAGUCAGGGAAAGGGACUCCACACAGCAAGUCCGCAUGCCGAUCGAGGAAGUACCACUCACAAUCAAGAAUCUUGCUGAUGGCAAGACACAGUGGAAGGAUGUGACAGACAAGUGGCCUAUUUUUACCUCCCAAGAGACAACCAAAUAGUAUAUGUAGUUGUCCCCAAGAAAGAAGGGUGAUGUUCCUGCCUCCAGCAAAUCUUUAGGGUGGAGUGUUUCACAGAGCUUAGAGGUAACACUUCUGGUGAAAGAGAGAGAGAGGGAGUAAGUUAAUUUAUUAUUUUUUGUUAUCUAAUUUUGUAUUGUUUCAUUGUGGUAGGUAGUGGUAGGCUUGGACUGCAUUUGUGUGUGAUCGUAGUUGAGAAGGUGCGUGUUUUCUAUGUGUAUUUGUAAUUUUAUCACAAAAAUCAUGUAAUAUUCUCUCUCUCUCUCUCUCUCUCUCUCUCUCUCUCUCUCUCUCUCUCUCUCUCUCUCUCUCUCUCUCUCUCUCUCUCUCUCUCU